CGUUUCAACAUUGGCAAAUAGAUUUUGUAGAACUAACACCAGCAGAAGGGUAGAGAUAUAUGCUUGUAUGUGUGUGCAUGUUCAGUAAGUGGGUGGAGGCCUUCCCAACAGGGAAACAAGAUAGUGAUGCAGUAGCAAAAGUGCUACUGAGGGAAAUUAUUCCCUGGUGGGGGUUGCCACAACGAGUGUCUAGUGACAAUGGAACACCCUUCGUACAUGAAGGGCUAAAGCCUCUGACUAAAUACCUAGGAGUGGAUAUGAGAAAACACUGCAGUUAUCACCCUGCUAGUGCAGGGGCAGUAGAACGGGCAAACGGUACCAUUAAAGGGGGUCUAGCUAAAUUAAUGCAGGAAACAGGCAUGAAUUGGGUAAAAUGCCUUCCCCUCGUCCUGUGGCAAUGUCGAACCAGGCCGCAGGCACGAACAGGACUAUCAGCUUUUGAGAUAGUGUUUGGACGGCCUCCCAACACGGGGAUAGGUCCGCCCGAUUGGGAUACUAACCUGAUCAAUGAAUCGCUUUUGCAGUAUUGUGUGUCUCUGCACAAAUCUCUCUCCCAUGUGUCUAAGCAGGUGAAGGCAGUCCUUCCUGAGGUGACAGACAAUCCCCUCCACAUGCAUCAACCAGGCGAUUGGGUGCUGAUAAAAGACUUCAGGAGGAAGCAGUGGAGCCAACCCAGGUGGAGAGGACCAUUCCAAGUACUACUGACGACACAAAACCGCAUGGCCUUGGACAUGCUCCUCGCUAAGGAGCGGGGAGUGUGCUCAAUGAUAGGCGACCAUUGUUGCACGUACAUACUGCCCAAUGAUGCACCUGGAGACUACAGGAGCCCAACCUCCAGACAGAUGAGUGCAGAUGAGUCUCUGGCGAAUGAGCUAAAAACAUUCUUCGCUCGCUUUGAGGCUACAAGCACCAAAAAGGACAGAAAAUGUGACUGUAUUAACAAGCCAGUAAAUCUCUAUAAAGAGGCCAGUGGGAAGGAGGGCCAGAGGAAUCCCAAGCCCUGGGGAAACUAUAGCAAAGGCCUGAGUGACCUCCAAAGUGGAGAAGGUGUAACUCAAGGCAUUAAAGACAAGAGUUAG